CAUUUAUCCAAGAACAGUAUUUUUAUAUUCAGCUCACAUACAACAACUGGCCAGUGACUCAAAGUGGAACCCAGUAACAGUGAUACUAAGCUUCAGAGAAACCAGCUUUCAACACUUUGUCAUGUUUCUUUAUUUAAACCCUAAUCUAAUUCACACACCAGCAAAGAGAAAAAAAAAAGAGUAAAGAAAAUUAAAGUAACCAAAAUAAAAAGAUUAUGGUGACCUUAAUAUCAUCAUCUGCUUCAACACCAAAGAUAUCUUUUGAUUUCACCAAGAACAAUGUCCCUGUCUCUUCUCCUUCUUACUUGAUAAGCAAGGAAGAUGCUGUUGUCACAACAAAGAAGCUCAUGGAACCCUCCAAAACCCUAACCAUGAACACCAACCCUAAAGAUGAUCAAGAGAUUGGGGAUGAGAAGAAAAUGGUGAAGAAGAAAGCUACUGAAGAUCCAGAGAUUGGUGUGUUUGGAGCUGAGAAGUACUUCAGUGGAGACAUGGAUUCAGACCAGAGUUCUAGUGUUUUGUCUCUGACAAACCCUGAAGUUGAGAGAUUCGUGGUUGAACUGAAGCAGACCGAGAAGAAAUCUACUGGAACGCCAAGUGUCUGUACUGAAUCAAGCUGGAAUAGUCAGAGCAUGUUGCUUAAGAACAAACUGGUGAAUAGCUGCAACGGUUCCGUGCAGGAGAAGAAAGCUAAUAGUGGUCAGACUCAAAACAACAAUAAGAAGACAUUCCUCUCAAAUCUGAGGUGUAAAUGCUGUUCUGAUGUGAACUCAGUAGAUGUCUAUGAUAAGACCUCCUCUGUUUCCACUGGGAACAAAAUCGAAAAUCAGAUGAGUUCUUCAAUGAAUCUGAACAAAGAACUGAUCAAGAUACAGAAGCAAGAAGAGUUGGUACAUAGGAAGUCUCCUGAAGUCUUUGGAUCUCCUGUAAAUAUCGAGAAGAAACUUACAUUGCCUCCAUGGGAAUCGAGGAGAAAGGAAGAAGACACAAAGAGUGAAGGGAGUGAUUCUAGCUCAGAUCUUUUUGAGAUUGACAAUCUUACAGGUAAACCAAAAUCUUUUCUUACAAGGCAAGUAAGUGAUUAUGCUCCAAGCGAAGUAAGCAUAGAGUGGAGUGUGGUGACAGAAAGUGCAGCAGGUUUCUCUGUUAUGUCAGAAUGUGCAACAAGCCCUGUAAGAAGAAACCGCUCUUCUCUGAUUCCUAAGGUCACUACUAAUACCAAUACCGCUAAGAAACCAAAUACAAGCAGAAAUGGUGGUUUCUUGUUGAGCUGCAAGAGUUAUAAGUCUGUUAUGGUUUCUAAUGGUUCAGACAGAAGAAGUAACAUGAACAAGAACAAGACAUCCCCAAGUUAUGUUCCAAGAUUCCCAAUGGAGACUACUAAACCUAAGAGUUUGGAAACAAGAAGAAGGAUCAGCAACAGCUCGAAUCCUCACACACAUCCAUCUCCUCUUUACAGCUAGUAGUGCACAACUGUAACAGAUUAUGUAAUGUCUUGUUGUGUUCUUGAUCACAAUGUGUAUACUGAUGUCUUUGUCCUCUGAGCAUCAAUUUAUAACCAACUAAGUCUUGGUCUAUUGGCUAAAACUCUUGGAUCACC